CUCCUCACGCGCCGUACGGGGUAACCAAACAACGUGCUGUGUUGUGACUGAAUGAGACAUCGGUCCUUUGAAAAGCUAAAGUUCAUUGAUUUGAACACACAUUUAAGCGGACAGUCUGUAUCAUUUUGUAACAUUCACAUUAGUUUUACAUUGUAGUCGCUACAGCUUUAAAAUACCGGAAAUUGUAGCCUCAACUGUUAAGCUAACGGCUAAUAAAGCCGAGGGGGAGUAACCAAAACAACAAGUUAGCCCGCUGUUGUUGAGCUUAAAUACAAGGUUUUGAUUCGUACCUAAGUUUGUCUGCUAAUAUGUCGGCCGUGUCAAACGACUUGAGGAAACGGAGCAAGAAGCGGUAUGCGGGCGGUCACCACAACAAGCGGUGGAAGGGCUCCCGGGAGCUGGAGAUAGGCAUGCAGGGGAUCCUCAUCACAUGCAACAUGAACGAGAGGAAGUGCACCGCGGAGGCCUUCAAUCUGCUCAAUGAGUACGCCGACACGCUCUAUGGGCCCGAGAAGUUGCAAGAUAAUAAUGGGAGCAGUAGUGAAGAGGAGGCUGAUGAAGAAGAUGUUGAUGUAGCACUGAAAAAGGAAGUGGCACAGCUGAAAGCAUCUGGAGCUAAACAGGAGAGGCGCUUCCAGGCUUUGGACAGUGGAGCAAACAAUGUCAUCUUCAUCAAAACUAAAAACCUGGAAUCUGACAAGCUGGUUCAUCACAUCCUCUCUGAUCUCCACACCACCAAGAAGAAAAAGUCACGUGUGAUCCUUCGGAUGCUACCAGUAACUGGAACGUGCAAGGCCUUUCAGGAUGACAUGGUGAAGUACCUGACUACUUUCCUGGAGCCCUGGUUCAAAACCCCAAACUGUGGUACCUACCAGAUCGCCUUCAAGGCCCGCAACAGCAGCCACAACAAGAGAGACGAAAUCAUCAAAGCAAUUGCAGGUCUCGUGGGGAAGCUGAACCCUAAGAACAAGGUUGAUUUGACCAACCCAGAACUGACAAUCAUUGUGGAGGUCAUCAAGGCUGUGUGUUGCAUCAGUGUGGUAAAAGACUAUACACUGUACAGAAAGUACAAUGUCCAGGAAGUAAUGAAAGAGGACACACCAAAGCCUGACGUGACCACAGCAAAAACGGAUACGAAUGCAGCUGAGCAGAAGGAGAAACACGAUGCAGAGGAGACAAACAAAGAAGAGGAGAAGAAAGGCGAUGAAGACAAUGACAACAAUGGGCCACAGGACAACAAGGAGGCUGAUAAGGAAGAAGUUGACGGGGAGUAAGAGCUCACAUUUAGAGAAGCUGAUUGUCAGUCAGAUUUAAAAUUUCUAAAAAAAAGUUCAUCUUAAAUUGCAUUAUAUUGUAGUGAUUUUGUUUUAAAUGAAAGGUUCAAAGCAAAGAUUAGCCAAUUACCCUCCUUUAUCAGAAUCCUGAUAUAAUUGAAUGUCUUUUUUUAUAUUCAUAAAGAUAUCUAUGAUAUGUUAGUACCAACUUUAUUGGGAUGUCCAUUUUUAAAUUAAGGUGAUCAGUUUUCUAAAAAUGCUGAAUUAGAUUUAUAAUUUCAAUGUCAUUUUAUUUAUUUUGACAUUUUUACUGUGUCACAUUUAGUAACUCUGUUUUUUGUAACUGUUAUUUCCUAAAGCAGUCCCUAAAUUAAAGUUACCCGUGUGUUUGAA